AUGAUACAAUGUGAGCUUGUGGUUAUCCUAGGUGUAUUUCUGUGCAUAUCUAUCUAUCUAUCUAUCUAUCUAUCUAUCUAUCUAUCUAUCUAUCUAUCUAUCUAUCUAAUCGCACUCUUUUCAUAUUUAAUCGCAGUCUGUUCAUAUCUAUCUAUCUAUCUAAUCGCAGUUUGUUCAUAUCUAUCUAAUCACAGUCUGAACAUAUCUAUCUAUCUAUCUAUCUAUCUAUCUAUCUAUCUAUCUAUCUAUCUAAUCGCACUCUUUUCAUAUUUAAUCGCAAUACAUCUAUCUAUCUAUCUAUCUAUCUAUCUAUCUAUCUAUCUAUCUAUCUAUCUAUCUAUCUAUUUAAUCGCUGUCUUUUCAUAUUUAAUCGCAGUCUGCUCAUAUCUAUCAUCUAUCUAUCUAUCUAUCUAUCUAUCUAUCUAUCUAUCUAAUCGCAGUCUUUUCAUAUUUAAUCGCAGUCUGCUCAUAUCUAUCUAUCUAUCUAUCUAUCUAUCUAUCUAUCUAUCUAUCUAUCUAUUUAAUCGCAGUCUGCUCAUAUCUAUCUAUCUAUCUAUCUAUCUAUCUAUCUAUCUAUCUAAUCGCACUCUUUUCAUAUUUAAUCGCAGUCUGCUCAUAUCUAUCUAUCUAUCUAUCUAUCUAUCUAUCUAUCUAUCUAUCUAUCUAUCUAAUCGCAGUCUUUUUAUAUUUAAUCGCAGUCUGCUCAUAUCUAUCUAUCUAUCUAUCUAA